AUGAAGAUAGCCAAAGUGCCACUGCUUCUGACCCUGGCCCUUUGCCUCAUACAAGAUGCCGCCAGUGAGGAUGAAAAUCAGGAAACAUGUGAUGAGUAUCGGACACUGAUGAAAAAUGGAAAAUUAUUUUGUUCCCAAGAUAAAGAACUUUUUCAAAGCCCUGAUGGAAGAGCCUUCAUCAGUAGAUGUGCCAUGUGCAAAAUAAUACUGGAAAAAGAAGCAAAAUCCCAGAAAAGGGCCAGCUAUUUAACAAGAGCCUCUCAGACCACUGCCCCAGAAAAGUUGAAUUGUGAUGAUUUCAGGAAAGAAGAGAGAAAUGGGGAUUUUAUUUGUACCUUUGACAACGCAGCCGUUUGUGGCACAGAUGGGAAAACCUACAGCAACAAAUGUGCGCUAUGUGCUGAGAACGCUAAAACCAGGUCCCAAGUUGGCAUAAAAAGCGAAGGGGAAUGUGAGACCAGUAAACCAGAGCAGGAUGUAUGUAGUGCUUUUCGGCCUUAUGUGAAGGACGGAAGACUUGGAUGCACGAGGGAAAAUGAUCCAGUCCUUGGCCCUGAUGGCAAAACACAUGGCAAUAAGUGUGCCAUGUGUGCUGAGCUUUUCUUAAAAGAAGCUCAGGAAAAUGCCAAGAGAGAAGGUGAAACCAGAAUUCGACGAAGUGUCGAAAAGGAAUUUUGUAAAGAAUAUGAAACCGAAGUGAGGAAUGGAAGACUUUAUUGUACACGAGAGAGUGACCCAAUUCGUGGCCCUGAUGGCAGGAUGCAUGGCAACAAAUGUGCUCUGUGUGCUGAAAUUUUCAAACAGCGUUUUUCAGAAGAAAAAAAUAAAGCACAAGAAAACCUGAAGAAGACUGAGGAAAAAGUCAAAAUUAAGAGAGAAAUUGAGAAACUCUGCAGUGAAUAUCAGGAUCAUGCAAAGAAUGGAAUACUUUUCUGUACCAGAGAAAAUGAUCCUGUUCGUGGUCCAGAUGGGAAAAUGCAUGGAAACUUGUGUUCCAUGUGUCAAGCCUUCUACCAAGCAGAAGCUGAAGAAAAGAAAAAGGCUGAAGUAGAAGCAAGAAAUAAAAGAGAAUCUGAAAAAACACCCUCAUAUACAGAGCUGUGCAGUGAAUACCGCAAGCUUGUAAGGAACGGAAAACUCCCCUGCACACGAGAGAAUGACCCCAUCCAGGGCCCAGAUGGGAAAAUGUAUGGCAACACCUGCUCCAUGUGUGAGGUGUUCUUCCAAACAGAGGAAGAAGAAAAGAAAAAGAAGGAAAGUGAGUCAAGAAAUAAAAGAGAAUCUGAGAACACAGCUCCCUUUGAGGAAUUGUGCAGUGAAUACCGCAAAUUAAGGAAGAAUGGACAGCUUGUCUGCACACGAGAGAACGACCCCAUCAGGGGCCCCGAUGGGAAAAUGCAUGGCAACACGUGCUCCAUGUGUGAGGCUUUCUUUCAGCAAGAAGAAAGAGCAAGAACGAAGGCUAAACGAGAAGCUGCAAAGGAGCUCUGCAGUGAAUUUCGGAACCAAGUGAGGAAUGGAGUGCUUAUAUGCACCAGGGAGAAUGACCCUGUCCGCGGCCCCGAUGGCAAAACGCAUGGAAACAAGUGUGCCAUGUGUGCAAGCCUAUUCAAACUUGAAGAAAAAGAGAAGAAAAAUAAUGGCAAGGAAGGAAAGGACAAAGCAAAGCCUGAGAAAGUGAAAAGAGAAGCAGCACAGGAGUUGUGCAGUGAAUACCGUAACUAUGUGAGAAACGGACGACUCCCCUGCACUAGAGAGAAUGACCCCAUUGAAGGCCCAGAUGGGAAAAUGCAUGGCAACACGUGCUCCAUGUGUGAAGCCUUCUUCCAGCAAGAAGCACAAGAAAAAGAAGAAGCUGAAUCCAGAACAAAAGCUAAGAGAGAAGCUAAAAAGGAUACAUGCAGUGAAUUUCGGAGCCUUUUGCAAAAUGGAAAUCUUUUCUGUACACGGGAAAAUGAUCCUGUGCGUGGCCCAGAUGGCAAGACUCACGGCAACAAGUGUGCCAUGUGCAAAGCUGUGUUCCAGAAAGAAGAUGAAGAAAGAAAGAGAAAAGAAGAGGAAGAUCAGAGAAAUGCUGCGGGGCAUAGUUCCCAUGGUGGCGGUGGAGGAGGCAAAGCUCAGGACCAAUGUGCAGAGUUCCGGGACAAAAUGCAAAAUGGAAAACUCAGCUGUACUCGGGAGCGUGAUCCCGUACGUGAUGCUGAUGGCAAGUCGUACAACAAUAAGUGUAUCAUGUGUAAAGAGAUACUGGAAAAAGAAGCAGAGGAACAAAAUAAGCCUUCUGGCUACAGAUCAAAUGGGACUGAAUCAGCACCAGAAAAGGACACAUGUGAUGAAUUUAGAAGCCAAAUGAAAAAUGGAAAACUUAUCUGCACUCGAGAAAGUGACCCUGUGCGGGGUCCAGAUGGCAAAACACAUGGCAAUAAGUGUGCUAUGUGUAAGGACAAACUGGAAAGGGAAGCAGCUGAAGGAAAAAAGAAAGAACAGGACAGCUUGAGAAACACAGGAGAAAAGAACAAUGAAAACCAGGAUCAGUGCCACGAAUUCCGGAGUAUGGUGAGAGAGGGGAAGCUUAUCUGCACCAGAGAAAAUAACCCUGUACGAGGUCCAGAUGGCAAGAUGCACGUCAACAAGUGUGCUAUGUGUCAGAGCAUUUUCGAGCGAGAAGCUAGUGAAAGAAAAAAGAAUGAUGAAGAAAAAUCAAGAGCCAAGCCCUCAGAUGAUGCAAAGGAUGAGUGCAGUAACUUUCGGCAGUACGUGAGGAAUGACCGGCUCACAUGUACUCGAGAGAAUGACCCUGUGCGUGGUACUGAUGGAAGAUUAUACAAAAACAAGUGCUAUAUGUGCAGAAUGAUCAUUCAAAAAGAAGUUUUGGAAAGGGCAAGAAUUCGGGAGAAAUCAUUCCACAUUAGAUCUACAGAGGAAAACAGCCCAACUGCCUCCAGUUCUAGUCUGGAUUCUGAGAUGUGCAAACACUACCGAGUAUUGCCCAAGAUGGGUUACCUUUGCCCAAAGAAUUUACAGCCUGUCUGUGGUGAUGAUGGCCAGACAUACAACAAUCCCUGCAUGCUCUGUCAUGAAAACCUAAUACGCCAAACUAAUACACGCAUACGCAGUGAAGGGAAGUGUGAAGAGAACAGCAUCCCAGAAACAACCCCUCUCGACUUGCCAGCAUCCGACAAAUGAUGGAAGAAUUGGUGAAAGCCAUGAGGAAAAAUAUAUGCCCCAAUUCUGAAUCACCUAACCCUCACCAUCUGUACAGAGAAAGACUUCUUCAGAGCUUGUCUUAUUUACUACAGAAAACCAUACAGAGCUAUUGGGGGAAUGAACUCACUGACCUUCAGUCUUUCCCAUCUCUUUCCUCCUAGAUUCUGUGAUCUGAGGGCACAGAGACACCUCCAUCUGUCUGUGCUUAAAAACUUCCUGAUCACAAUGCUGUCUAAUACUUGUUCAAUAAAAGUAAACCCAGCAGAACACCC